AUGGCCCGCACCCAGUCCCUGAUCGGCUUUACCGUGCUGUUCGCUCUCGUCGCCGUGCUGCUCCUGGCGCCCUCCGCGGCCAAGGCCCAGCAGCAGGCGUGUCCCCAGAGCGACGUCCGCCCCGAUGCCUGGGUUCAGGCUCUGGUGCAGGCGAUGAACAACCUUGGCCAGUCGAGCGAGAAGAUGGCCCUGCUGCAGAAGUCCGUGGCCAACGACACGCGCGUCUUCUCCGGCGCCCAGAUUGUCAACAUUCUCGGGGCGCUCUCCUUCACCGACGACAAAGUCAUGGCGAUGACCUUCAUGUCGCCGUUCAUCAUCGGCCUCAACACGACCGAGUUCGUGCAGGUCCUCAACGCGAUCUCCUUCUCGCCCGAGCGCAUGACGGUGCUUAAGAGCAUCAAGGACACGCUGCUCAACGCCUCCGACGAGAACAAGGUGUUCAUCGCCACCACGUGCUGGUCCCUGAGCUUCGACCAGCAGGCCGCUUACGCCAUCCUCCGCGAUGUCGCCAGCCGGGAUUGCAUCUUCGGCAGCGUGACGGCCCUGUCGGCCACGUUCGUCAUCGACGUGUCGGGCUCGAUGGACACUCCGUUCACCCUCAACGGCACCACCUACUCGCGGCUGUCCUACGUGCAGCAGCACCUGAGCCAGGUGAUCAGCGAGCAGCUCAAGCCCUACCAGCAGUUCAACGUCAUCAUUUACAGCAGCGGCGCUCGCGCGCUCUUCAGCGCUCCCGUCAACGCCACCACCGCCAACAUCAAGAGCGCGCUGACCUUCGUGGCGGGCCUGCGCGCCGGCGGGUCGACCAACACGUACGCGGGUCUCCAGCUGGCCUUCAGCUCGUCCAAGGACACCGUCGCGGUCUACCUGCUCACCGACGGCGUGCCCGACCCGGGCCUGGCGCCGCGCAUCCUGCAGGCCAUCCCGCAGUGGGAGGCCCAGCGCGCGGCCGACCGUCAGAUCCGCAUCUUUGCGACGGCGUUCCUGCUGGGUCCGGACAGCGCGGCGGACAAGCAGCUGAGCGCGGCGUUCAUGAAGCAGGUGGCCGCCCUCACCAACGGCGUUUACCGCAACAUGGACCAGGCCCAGUAA